UUAUUUUCAGAUACAUACAUUCAAUGCCCAGUCGGUAUUUAUCACAUUUCUUCCUUUCCAUGAAUCUAAUAUAUUUGGUCGUCUUUUAUCGUUUCUUGAUCUGAAAGGCAUUGAGUACGAUUGGGUGAAGCCAUUCGCUAAACAAGCUUUGCCCAUUUCAUUUGAGAAGCUGGUUGCAAAAUGUUUUUCAGCCAAUCAUUCCAUUCUUUCUUUGCUUAAUCAGCACAUUAUGCAAGUUUGUCAGUUGUUUGAUAAUAUAACAAUAUCAAGGAAAUUGCCCCAUUUAUUCACAUUAUUCUCUUCUUUAUGUAUACAUGCGGUUUCCGAUUCGUCGAAUGUCAACGAUGGGGUUAUCUCGAAAAUAUUACCAAUGUUUGCUUUCGGCUUUAAGUCUACUUUAAUUCCAUUUCAUUUAUCUUGUUUGAUGGUGACUUGCCAGUUAUGUGUUACUGUAACCCUGGCACCGAAUAUUGUAAAAACAUUGUUCAAGUUAAUUUUGUUAAAAAUCACCACAGGUAUUGUUGAAGAAUCUAUUGCAACGGCAGUUGUUUUGUGUCAGCGGCAGAAAUUAGACUGUUUCCCACAUAAGUUGGUUUUUACAUGA